AGUGAAAGAGAUGAACUCGCUCCGCUUGGGAUUGGCUCCAGUUUUCCGCCCAGCUAUAGAACUGACAGGCUUACUCAGUGCUGUCCCUACAUCUCGAAAGCACCGAGUUCUAACAUUUGAUGGCAGCAUCAAACUCGAGGAUUUGGACACAGCGGUUCUUUUGCUUGCUGGAUUGCUUAUGGCAACCACAUUUGGCGGCAUCCAUUGUAUGGCUUGGUCUUUUGCCUUCCCCACAUACCUGGAACACUUGCUAUGGCGCAUCAGUGCCGUCGCUAUAACUUGCACACCCUGGCCUAGUCUCUUCUCUUUAUUUCUCUUUAACGACCUGAACAUGCCGACUGUGGUGUACAUUAUUGUGUAUGCAUUAUAUGUCAUAUUGUACGUCGCAGCACGUGCCAUCCUUUGGGUACUUAUGUUCACCACUUUACGCGAUUUUCCUCAUGAUUUAGUACCACACUUAUAGUUCUUGAUCAUGGUACUUGUGAU